AUUCGGAAACUCGAACAGACGUGGAUAAAAUUCUGUUACUUGUUGACGUGUUAUUACCAAAAAAUCAGUUAAAUAAGUGGCAUUUUGUUAUUAUUUGCGUAUUAAAACGUGAUUUUAAAUAAUACUUACCUACCUUUGAUCCUGUUGUGAGUCAAAAACGGUUAAAUACCCAUAUUUUCUGCUUGGCCUUCAUGAGUAGAUGUCAUGGCGUCACAACAGCCGAGUACUAGCGGUGUAACGGAUUCAAUUACAACAAAUACAGACGGUAAGUUGGACGAAUAUGGAAAGGAAACAUAUGAAUUAUUGAAAUACGUCCUUCACAAAAUGUCAACAGAAUCAGAUCAAAAUAUAGUCAAGGUACUCCCACUACACCGAGCUCAACAUUAUACCGGACUUCGAUUAGACACUCUUCAAGCAUUGAUUAGUGCUGAUGUAGUUAUAGUUGAUAAAAUUACAGAAAUUAAUCGCAAAUGUGUACACGAUGUGCUGAUGUCAUACUAUUUAGAUGAGCACGUGAUGCCCACUUCGACAGAAUUAUUUAAUCAUUUACAAGAGUCUCUUCCGCCCUACGAAGAUAUUAGGAGUUUCAGAAAGAAACUCGUCAAAAUGGGUUACAUUUUCAAGGAGAAAGAAAAUUGCUUCGUUAUUUACGAAAAACCAUCGAUUAGAUUUGAGCGGUUUCUGUAUUUAAAAAAAAAAUUGCAAUAUCGCGAAGACAAAAGGCCUAUUUACUACAUAUCGGAGAUAGGCGUGUCAUAUGACAAGGUUUGGAAUAUUGAUGAGAGCAUGGUAGAAAAAAAAGAAAGACACUUACUUUUUUACUUUGCUGUAUCUUCUCUUAAAGGGGUACAGUUUGUAAGGAGAACAACGCAUUUCGACCCUGUUACUUUCGGUUCAUGGAUAUUAAAUGAAUUAAUGCCCAAUCUGGAAGUAAAUAGCGUAGUUAUUUUAGAUAACACGAAGCAUCAUUGUGAAAAAUAUUGUGAGAAUCCGAAGAAAACGAGUCCAAGUUAUAUUAUGAUUGAAUGGCUUAAAUAUCACGAAAUUCCCUUUAACGAUACAAUGAGCACAGUUGAACUCUACACUUUAAUAGACAAAUAUACGGACGUACAUGCAAGGUUAUACAAAGUAGAUAUGUGGUUGAAACAAAAUGGCCACGAUGUUUUGCGAUUACCAAAUUGUAUAAACGAAAUGACUCCGGCAGCACAAGUUCGCCAUUUAAUUUCUAAAAAACUGGACUGCAAGGAAAUUCUCCUAACUAAAACUAUCGAAGAUAUUGUUAGUGAUAUAAGUGAAAGUGAACUAAACAGUUAUAAUUUGAUGCUUGCUGAUGAAGAAACACGGCUCUACAAUUUGGAAAUUAAACUAGAUAACAUUCUAGACAAUUUAAAGCCGUCAUUCAAUAUCGAGGAAGAUUUGUAUUUACCUUUUUUAAGUGAUUCCGACUGAGCAAUUCGUUUUAAAUAUUAUACCUGAGUUUAAUAAUUAAUUGUGUUUUC